AUGAAAAAUCUGCCUCUGCAAAUAAAUUUAUUAUUGCUUUUCUGGAGAAUGUGUCUUGUUAAGGUAGUAUGUUUCAUUUAUGAAAUAGGAGAGAGAAGUCUAACUGUUAAACUUUUUUUCAGACAUAAUGGCGACAUUAAUUCACACUUUAUCAGAUCAUAGUGAUGAUGUCAACUACUGUGCCUUCUCAUCAUCGUGCCUGGCUACUUGUUCCUUGGACAAAACAAUUCGAGUUUAUUCUUUAAACAACUUUGCUGAACUUCCGUACUCACCUUUAAAAGGUCAUACGUAUGCUGUCCACUGCUGCUGCUUCUCUCCAUCAGGACACCUUUUAGCUUCAUGUUCUACAGAUGGCACUACCAUGGUUUGGGACACUCGUGAUGGCCGGGUGCUGGCAGUGCUAGAGCAGCCCAGUGGCAGUCCUGUUAGAGUCUGCCGAUUUUCUCCUGAGUCCACAUAUCUAGUGUCAGGGGCAGCGGAUGGGAGUGUAGUUCUUUGGAACACGCAGUCAUUGAAACUGUACAGAUCUGGGAAUGUUAAAGAUGGUUCUCUGGUGGCCUGUGCAUUUUCUCCUAAUGGAAAUUUCUUUGUCACUGGAUCAUCGUGUGGUGAUUUAACCAUUUGGGAUGAUAAAAUGAGAUGCCUGUAUAAUGAAAAAGCACAUGAUCUUGGCGUUACCUGCUGUGAUAUUUCUUCACAGCCAGUUUCUGAUGGUGAACAUGGAUUCAGAUACUUCCAGAUGGCUUCUUGUGGUCAAGAUAAUCAGAUCAAACUCUGGCUUAUUUUGUUUGCAGAUUUCUUAGGUGUUGAAUUAAAAUAUAAAUACACAUUGAGUGGACAUUCUGCCCCAGUUCUGGCUUGUGCAUUUUCUUAUGAUGGGCAGAUGUUAGUCUCAGGGUCUGUGGACAAGUGUGUCAUAAUACAUGAAACUAGUACUGGCAAUACCCUUCAUACUUUGUCUCGACAUACCAGAUAUGUUACAGCAUGUGCUUUUGCACCACAUAGUCCCUUACUUGCCACAGGUUCAAUGGAUAAAACUGUGAACAUAUGGCAGUUUGACCUUAAGCAACCCUCUGCAGGAAAUACUGUAGAAAAUGAAUCUAAGGUGGCUGUUGAGGACUGGUCAGAGGACGAUGUUUCGGCCUGGCUUUGUGCCCAAGACUUAGCAGACUUUGUUGGGCUUUUCAAAAUGAAUAACAUUGAUGGCAAGGAACUACUGAAUCUUACUAAAGAAAGUCUGACUAAUGAAUUAAAAAUUGAGUCUCUAGGCCUACGCAGUAAAGUCCUCCAGAAAAUUGAAGAACUGAGGAUGAACAUGAUCUCUGCUUCUGGUACUAUCCCUGAUGAGUUCUUAUGCCCUAUAACAAGGGAGCUUAUGAAGGAUCCUGUCAUUGCAGCAG